AUAUUAACAUCAACAUUAACAUUAACAUAUACACACAAUUAAGAGUACUUUAUCCUUCAAAAAUUGAAUGGUCUGUUAGGAACAUUUAGAAUAAACAGGCACACUUUGGCUUGUAAUACCACAUGUUUCUGUUAAUACAUAGGCAGUUUUGCUGAAGCAAGAUUUUAAAUGUGACUUUCGCUGAAUGCAAUAAUCACAUUCUGGUAUUACAUUAGUAAAGGAUCUGAAAUUUCUUCUACCACUGCUUUGGCCCCCUGGCACGCCCACUAACCAGCAGCAAACGUCCUGCAGAGCGUUGCACAACGUCGAAAACGUGAGUUAAAUAAAGAAAAAAAAACCCUUGCAAACCGGUGAAAAAGGUCUGCACAUUGAACGCACCCCAGGUGAGUCCGUGGAAGUCUUGUCUGUGUGUCUAGGCCAUUAAGUUUAUUGGCUAUCAUAAUCACCUUCGUGUUAGACAGAAAAACCAUUUAUGCACAUAUAGAUCACAUAUAGAUUGAAACAUACGGAUGUAUAUUACCCAAGUCUGUCUGGGUGCGUAUUUUAUCGAUUCUCUUUCACCUUCCGCAAUGCGCAGAUCUGAAUGGAUUAUUGUCAGACAAUACAGCUGUAUUGUCUUAGACUGCUUCUGAAUUAAAUUCAGUAUUGUGUUCAAAUAUAAUUCAGAUGACAUAAAGUCGGGAUAUUCUUUAAGGAAUAACAAGGAUUUUGCUUGUUCCAUGUAUGGGCGGACAUUGACCUGGACUUGCAGACUAUGGCAUGACUGAUGUUUUAAAUUUGCAUUUCGUGUUGGAAACCCUCUGUAUCCGUUCAUAUCUAAUUAUAUCCAGUGCUCAUAAAAUCCCAAUCACAACCUUAAUCCAAAAUAAGGAUUAAGACAAGCUCACUUAUUAAAUAAAUCAAAACAAAUCGGAUAUUUAGUCAGACAGUCCUGUUUGUGUAACUGGUUGUGUAACUAAGACAUAUUUUUCUCAUAACAAAUAGCUUUGUUUUAAAGAUAUUAAAAGCCCAAACAGAAAGAAGCAGUGGCUUUUAAAGAACAGGACAGCCGGAUCUCUGAUCUUCCUUUGGGAUAUUGAAUUGGAAACAAAUCGCAGCAGAUUAGUGUUAAGUAAAAUAUUUGAGGUUACAUCACCGCUGAGUGUACUGUAUAGACCUGGCGCUUCAUCCUGACAGGCGCUCAAGUCUCAGUCCUAUUGGUCCUCAGUCAAUUGCAUUGAUGGGUGGACUGAAUAAAUAGCGAGUGAGAUGCAGUUGAGGAUGAGAUGAGUAGAGGAGCAGCAGAGGAAGUGGGAGGCACACAGUUCAUAGUAGCUGCUCGUAACUCACUGCAACAGCGCGCUGUAGCGGCAACUGGACCCUGACUGACUGAGCAGCAUCUUUAACUCUCCUUGCACACACAAGUUGUGGUCUCGUUUUCGCCUUUUUUUCGCCACUUUUUUGUGUAUGAGCGUUGUUCGCGUUUCCUGCCUGCACUGUGAUCCAGUCUUGUCGGCGUCACCCUUACCUUCUUACCCGCUGUUAACAGGUUGCAAGAGGGGGAAACCUUCCCUGCGCUUCUGCCGCUGUUCAACUAGAAUUGAUUGAAACCUUGAGUCAAGAUGAUGAUGAUAAUUAUUGCGGAGUUCUUCAUGGUCAUUUUGAAGGUGCUCUGGGCUUUUGUAACAGCCGGGGCUAAGUGGGUUGUGCGGCCCAAGGAGAAGAGCGUGGCGGGACAGGUGUGCGUGAUCACCGGGGCUGGAAGCGGCCUCGGGCGGUUCUUCGCCAAGGAGUUCGCCCGGAGACGAGCGAUACUGGUGCUAUGGGACAUAAACAGCCAAAGCAACGAAGAAACAGCAGAGAUGGUGCGGCAGAUAUACCAUGAACUCGACACUCCCAUAGCUAAAGACGGACCUGUUGGAGGGGUCGAGGAAGUCCCUCCUUUCCAGCCGCAGGUCUACACCUAUGUGUGUGAUGUGGGAAAGCGGGAGAGUGUGUAUUCUACAGCUGAGAAGGUGCGUCGGGAGGUGGGAGAGGUGGACAUACUGAUCAACAAUGCCGGUGUCGUCUCUGGCCAUCACCUUCUAGAGUGCCCCGAUGAGCUGAUUGAGCGCACCAUGGUGGUCAACUGCCACGCACACUUUUGGACCACCAAGGCGUUUCUCCCCAAGAUGCUGGAGCUGAAUCAUGGUCACAUUGUGACGGUUGCCAGCUCCCUGGGUUUAUUCAGCACAGCUGGAGUGGAGGAUUACUGUGCCAGUAAAUUUGGUGCCAUUGGGUUCCACGAGUCACUGAGCCAUGAGCUGAAGGCUUCGGAGAAGGAUGGCAUCAAUAUGACUCUGGUGUGCCCUUACCUGGUCGACACGGGAAUGUUCAAAGGCUGCAGGAUAAGGAAGGAGAUUGAGCCAUUUCUGCCUCCCUUGAAGCCAGAGUUUUGUGUGAAACAGGCCAUGAGGGCCAUCCUCACUGACCAGCCCAUGAUCUGUACACCUCGCAUCGUCUAUAUGGUCAACUUCAUGAAAAGCAUCCUGCCCUUCGAAGCCAUUGUGUGCAUGUACCGGUUCCUAGGUGCAGACAAAUGUAUGUACCCCUUCCUAGCUCAAAGAAAGGAGGCCAUGAACAACAAUGAGGCCAAGAAUGGGAUCUAGGGGGUGCUGUUUGCAACACGAACAGGGGGCACAUAAACCUGCAAGCAUGAGGAAACAACCACUGAGGAUGAAAAAUGGGGAAGAUGGAAGGAAAGAAGAAAAGACUGAAUCUAGACUGGUGCACUUGCAUUGAGCAAAUGCAAAGGUUUACCAUAUUGUUCCUCUGGAACAAAGAAAGCUGUGUACUACACAAAGGAUUUUUUUUACUUUUUUUUUUUUUUUUUUGGUCGUUUUUUUUUUUUUUUUUUUUUUAAAGUUUGUUUAAAGAAACCAACAUCUAUAUACUGUGUCACUAGUUUUUGAAAUCAUACAGAAAAGGUAUCCAAUAAUUAACUAUUUACGUAAUGUAGUCACCAGCCUUAUCUAGUGUUAUUGUGGAAAUAUACAGUAUGUUACUGUACAAACAGUAAAAAUCUUUUUUUUUCACUUUUUUUUAUUUUUUUGUAGACAUGCACUGUAAUUUUCUGAUUUUUCUCCACACUGCCAGCAUUCUCUGUAUAGGAAGAUUCAACACAGCAUUUCAAACUACCCAACCUCUCCCCACACAGAGGCUCUUUAUCAGUCAAUCUGUUUGCAACAUACAGUACUGAUUAAAGCUUGUGCCAUUUAAAAUAAACCAAGACAAAUAUUUCACAAUUAAGUUUACCUUAUUCAGUUAAUACGUUGAGAUACAAACAUGUUGCAUAUAUGUUGAAAAUCAAGUCCAUGCAUUCCAAAUGGGACAUUUAAUGGCCAGACUGUGGCUGACUCCAGUUUAAUGAGACUCAACUGAGUCCUUUUUUUUUUAAUGGUCCUGUUAUUUCAGGUCUGUAUUGACUAACCUCUCAAAUUAAAGUGCACAAGGGAGUCAGUGUCCUGGGUUGAACUAGCAUGUGUGACACAUUCAGAAUGUACUGGGAGAAACUGAGAGGAAAUGCAUUUUUAUUUUCUCUCAUUUGUCUUUAUUUUUGAGAUCUGUGGUGUUUAUAUUGUAAAUUUGUUAUCAAUAUUUUUUUGUUUAAAAAAAAUAAUCCAACAUAGGCUGUAAGUCCAGGCGAACCGCUGGCCCAACACUGAUAGUUGAGGGAAAUCUAUUAAAGACACUAGCUUUCCGUAUUUUUUUUUUUUUUUUUUUUUUUUCCAAAAUAACACUAACUCUUCUGUCCAUUGUCCACCUUGUCCAGUUAAAGUGAAAUGUAAAUGUUUAAAUGUAACUGUUGUGAAUACCCCAGUAUCCCAAAAUGACUGUCUUCACCAUAUUUGAUGUAUGAAUAUUUUAUAUACCUUUUGGGACGACAAGAGUUUUUGAAUUUCAACUACAUUCCAAUAGGCAUCAUUCCUUCAGUCAGUGAUGAGCCUAAAUUCUCUACCUCUUAAUUUUUGCCUUUUUUUUUUUUUGACAGUAUGACAUAAGCCUCUUUUUUUUUUUUUUUCUUUUUUUUUUUUUUUUGUAAUUUUCUGAAGACUGCUCUAUAGCAGAGCAAAUGUGGUUCCAAUGUUUAGUGUCUCUACCUAACUUAAAUUAAUAAAGUGAUUUAGAUUAUUAAA